GAUGCUGGCGGGGAGCGUCGCGCAGCUGAAUUCUAUCUCCAGCCGCUUCCCCUCCGCCCCGCAGCCGCGGUCCGACCCCUGCGCGCCUCCACGCCGGUGCACCCCCGCGCGGAAGUGCCCACCCCCCGGGUCUGCAAGGCCGGCGCGGUGGCCGGAGGAGGGGCGCUGGCACCGAGAAGCCCCGAUCGCAACACGUGCGUCCCAGAGCACUCGGGCCACCAGGGCCAUACCGGCCCCCGCCCGCAGCAGACCAUGCGCGAAGAAAAGUAAUGUGGAAGUAGAAAGUGUUUCUGCCUAUGUGAAAUUAUCACCUGUGGAAAAACAUAGCGGUGUAUUCCAGAGGUGACGUUUCAUGGCACAUACAGGGAGAGUGUGCUGUUUGGCACUUAUUUUUAUCAUCAUGUCGUUGUUGGUUAAAGGGAAAAUAGAUGUGUGCAAGAGAGGAGAUGUGACUGUGAAGCCUUCCUAUGAAAUUUCACUUGGAUCAGCUGUCAACAUUUCAUGCUCUUUGAAACCCAAACAAGGCUGCUCUCCGCAUUCCAGUACUAACAAAUUGAUCCUCUACCAGCGUAAUAGAACAAUCAAGUUACAGGAUGGUGACUCCCUCAGUACUCAAGUCUCAGGUCUUCCUCUGGGUACAACACUGUUUCUCUGCAAACUGACCUGCAGAGGUGGUGUGGAGAUUCGAAUAUGUGGGGCAGAGAUCUCAGUUGGUGUUGUUCCAGAACAACCUCAAAACUUGUCUUGUAUACAGAAGGGAGAACGUGGGACUGUGGCCUGCACCUGGGACAGAGGACGAGACACCCACCUAUAUACUACAUAUACUUUACAGUUAAACGGACCAAACAAUUCAACUUGGCAGAAGCAAUGUAAUCAUUGUCAUCAUUUGGACCUUGGAAUCAACCUAACCCCUGAAUCACCUGAAUCCAGUUAUGUAGCCACGGUUACCGCUAUCAAUAAUCUUGGAAGUGCUUCUUCAUUUCCAUUUAUAUUCACAUUCAUGGACAUAGUGAUGCCCCUUCCUCCGUGGGACCUCAAAAUCCAAUUUGUCAAUGCCUCUGUGAGCAGAUGUAGUCUUCAGUGGAGAGAUGAGGACCAGGUGCUGCAUAACCGACUCCGAUACCGUCCCAGUAAUAGCAGAUCCUGGAAUAUGGUUGAUACUACAAAUGCCAAAGGAAGACAUGAUUUUCUGGAUUUGAAACCAUUUACAGAAUAUGAAUUUCAGAUUUCCUCUAAGCUACAUCCUAAUAAAAGUAUUUGGAGUGACUGGAGUGAAGCAUUGAGAAUACAAACACCAGAAGAAGAGCCUACCGGGAUAUUAGAUGUCUGGUACAUGAAACAGAACAUUGACUACAAUAGACAACAGAUUUCUCUUUACUGGAAGAAUCUGAGUUUGUCAGAGGCAAGAGGAAAAAUCCUCCACUAUCAGGUGACCUUGCUGGAGGUGGCAGGGGGAAAAGCCACACUACAGAAUAUCACAGAGUAUACCUCCUGGACUUGGGUCAUUCCCAGAACUAAGAAGUGGGCUGUGGCGGUUUCUGCAGUGAACUCAAAAGGCAGUUCCUGGCCCACUCGUAUUAACAUAACGGACCUGUGUGAGGCAGAGUUGCUGGUUCCUGGCCAGGUCUCUGCAAACUCAGAAGGCGUGGACAACAUUAUGGUGACGUGGGAGGCUCCUGGGAGAGCUGCCCCUGCUGUCCAGCAGUACGUGGUGGAAUGGAGGGAGCUCCAUCCGGGGGUCGUCAUGCAGCCCCCUGUAAACUGGCUGCGGAGUGCCCCCUACAACAUGUCUGCUCUGAUUUCAGAAAACAUAAAACCCUUCGUCUGUUACGAAAUCCGUGUGCAUGCAUUGUCGGGGGGCCAGGGCGGAUGCAACUCCACCCGGGGUAACUCAAAGCACAAAGCACCACUGAGUGGUCCCUACAUUAAUGCCAUCACAGAGGAAAACGGGAGCAUUUUCAUUUCAUGGGACGAAAUUCCAGCCCAGGAGCAAAUGGGCUGCAUCCUCCGUUAUCGGAUCUACUGGAAGGAACGGGACUCCAAUUCCCAACCUCAACUUUCUGAAAUUCCCUAUAAGUUCCCUCCAAAUUCACAUCCAAUAGACAGCCUGCAGCCCAGAGUUACAUAUGUCCUGUGGAUGACAGCUCUGACAGCUGAUGGCGAAAGCGCCCCAGGAAAGAAGAGGGAAUUUUAUCUGCAAGGUAAAGUCAAUUGGAGCACAUUUGUGGCACCAAGCAUUUGCGUUGGUAUUAUCAUGGUGGGCAUUUUCUCAGUGCAUUACAUCCGGCAAAAGGUGUUUGUUCUCCUUUCAGCCCUCAGACCUCGGUGGUAUAGCAGACAAAUUCCAGACCCAGCAAAUAGCUCUUGGGCCACGACCUAUCCCAUUAUGGAGGAGAAGACACAGCUGCACGUGGACGGGCUCCUGACAGACUGGCCCACUUCUGAAGAACCUGAGCCCCUGGUCAUCAGCGAAGUCCUCUGUCCAGUGGCCCCAGUCGUCAGACAUCCUCUUCGCCCCAAAUGGCCAGAAAAGGGACGAGGAGUCCAAGGUCACUACCCUUCUGAAAAAGACAGUGCCCCAAGCCCGCCACCUCCAAGAGCUCUCACAGCAGAGACAGGACAACUAGUGGAUCUGUACAAGGUGCUUGGGAGCAGGGGCCCUCACUCAAGGCCCGGAAACCCAGCCAGUCCCUUGACGGUCCUCCCCGUGGACUACCUUCCCACGCAUGAGGGCUACUUACCCUCCAACAUAGACUAUCUCCCUUCACGUGAGGCUCCUAUAACUGACCCCCUGGAAGAACGGGAGCCUCAGCAUAUCUCUCUUUCCGUUUUCCCCUCAAGUUCCCUGCACCCGCUCACCUCCUGCGGUGAGAAGCUAACUCUGGAUCGUUUGAAGAUGGGAUGCAGCUCCCUCAUGCCGUGAGUGGCAAAGCUUGAAACUUGGAAAGUGAAUGGACCCCAACCAGUACAGCAUACCCAUUUCCCAGUCCCCUGCUCCAGGUGUCACCACUUCUUAAGUGUCACCAUCUGCUAGAUAGAGGGCAGUCAAGCCAGCUCAGAGUGGAUCUUGGGAACGGAGAGUUGGCUGUAACCCAGAUACCUCAUCUUGCCUUAUCCAGAACCUUAAGAUUACAUCCUCCACUGGACCUAGAGACUCCAACCUAAGUGCCUGCAACUUUCUUGACUACGCUGGCCAGAAAGGGGUAAGACGACAGUAGAAACCAAAACUCUUACCAGCAGUGGCGUCUAAUCCAGAGGACCAACCAUUUAUGCAACAACUGUUUAUAAAGCAGCUAUUACAUACCAGGUCUUAUGUCUAGAUCCGUAUUGUCCAAUAAUAGGCCUUUCUAAGAAGUUUUCUAGAGUCUAAUCUACACUGUUCAAUACAGUAGACACUAACCACAUUGGCUGUUCACUCUGGAAUGUCUAGUAUGACUGAGGAACUGAAUUUUGAUUACUUAAAAAUCGCAAGUGGCUACUGUAUUAGAAAACAAAGCCCUA